GAAGCUGGGGUCCCAUGAGACUUGGGGUCCCAUGAGACUUUAGCGAUAUCUCAGGAAGUAACAGUUGGCGGCGCUGACAAAAAAUUGGUUGGCAACCCUACCAGGUAUGUUGUUGUUAGCUACAAGGCGGAGGGUCUGGUGCGAAUACCGAGCGUGUGAGAGGCGGCUAAAGUUGGGCAAGCCCAUAUUUUGAGGUAAAGUAAAUUUUAUGUAUGGAGCGGCACGUUCGCUUUUCACCAUUAAUUAUUAGUUUUGGGGCCGGGACUUCUCAUGUUGUUGUCAAGUGGUCCUUCCUCUUCAAUUUCGUACCCGGACUGCGAUCUUCACACAUAACCUAUGCACUCUACACCACUUUGAAUGAAAAUGUGCAGCUUGGGGACCCAUGAGACUUUUACAGCUGGGGUCCCUUGAGACACCCCAAUUUUUGUUGUUUUCUGAUUUUAAACUUACUAAGGCCCACAAAUGGCAAGGCUUCAGCCUCUACAUGCUUUUAAACACUUUAAACAACAGCAUUACUGUAGAACAUGAAUGAAUGAACUAACAAAUACAUUAUUUCUUAAAUAUUAUAGGCUGCCAAAAUUAUAAUACCGCGCUCUAAGCCCAGGAAAUCAACCAAAGGGGCGUUCUCGCCCGAAGCUAUGAAAAUAGCAAUUCAACAGGUUCGCUCAGGUAUCAAAGUUCGAACUGCAGCUCAGAAUAAUAAUGUGAACCACAUGACUCUGAGGCGUUACAUAGCCAAAACGGAGAAUGUGGAGGACUUAGAUACUGUAAGACUGUCACCUGAUUAUGCAACAAAAUUAAUUUUCCCCAAGGAGUUAGAGGAUUCUUUAGCAGGGUAUGUAAUUGAAUGCAGCCAGAUGGGUUAUGGCCUCUCUUCAGUUGACAUAAGAAAGUUUGCUGUACAGUUAGGAGUAGCCAACAAUCUAACCAAUCUACCUAAAUCAUGGCUUGAAAAUGAAAUGGCUGGUGCAGAUUGGUUUUUAGGAUUCAUGAAAAGACCCCCUCUUUUAUCCUUGAGAAAACCCGAACAGUGCAGUGUAGCCCGUGCCAUGGCCUUCAAUAAAACCAAUAUUAAUAACUAUUUUGAUAAAUUGGAGGCGGUUUUGAAACGCCAUCCGUCUUUUGGUAAUGGAACUAGAAUAUUUAAUUUAGAUGAGACGGGUUCAACCACCGUUGGGGAAAUAAAGAAAAAUAAAGUCAUAGCUGAGAAAGGAGUAAAACAACUUCACCAAAUUAAAAGUGCCGAACGUGGCACACUUGUCACAACUUGCUGCUGUAUUUGUGCCAAUGGCACAAUGUUGCCUCCUGCCAUGGUGUUUCCCCGUGUAAAAUUUACUCAGAAUAUGUUGAUAAAUUGUUACCCUGGAACACUUGGGUUGGCUUCUAAGAAAGGUUGGAUGACAUCCGAGUUGUUUGUUAAAGUAAUUCAACACUUUAUCGCACAUGCCCAGAGUUCUAAAGAACACCCAACACUUCUCAUCUUGGAUAAUGUUGCUUCCCAUCUCAGCAUUGAUGUUAUUAAUUUGUGUCGGGAUAAUGGUGUGACACUUUUCACCUUGCCUCCCCACACAACACACAAGACACAACCUCUAGAUGUUGCCAUCUACGGUCCAUAUCAAGCUGCCUACAGUAGGGCUUACAACGAUUGGACUAUUGCUCACCCAGGGCAAGUUUGUACUAUAUAUGAUGUGGCUGGUCUAGUAAAUAAGGCUAUAUGUAAAUCUGGAACGCCUUCCAAUAUAUUUUCUGCAUUCCGUGCUACUGGAAUUUACCCAUUCAACAGGAACAUUUUUUCAGAUGUUGAUUUUGCUCCCAGUAUUGUCACUGAAAACCAACCCCCUCCUAUUCAUCAACCAGAAGCUGAGAGCCAGGACGGGCAUGGCACCCAGGAAAAAACCCAGGAGGAAGAGGAACAUGAAGCAGACAACCCAGAGCCAAAUAUCAGCCAAACACCUAGAAGAAUAAUCACACCAAGAAAAGUGAGGCCUCUGCCUAAGGCGAAGCCAAGAGAAACCACAAGCAAAAAGCCACGGGCAAAAGGAAAAUGCAGAGUUGCGACAGACACACCUGAAAAAAAUGAAAUUGAAGAGAAGACUAGAGCUAAAAAGGCCAAAGAAGCAGAGCAGGAAGCAAAAAGGAAGGCAAGAGCAGGCAAGAAUUUAGACAAAUUAUUGGUUCCAGGACACUCUAAUAAUAAUAAAAGGAAAGCUCCAACUAAAAAUAAGAAAGCAAAGAGAAGUAAAGUCACUCAAGAAUCUGAGUCGUCUGACCCUGACUCAGACAUAGAGCUUGUAGAAGAAAGCGAAGAAGAAAUGUGGGAAGGGGAUGAAAACUAUUCGAGUGGUGAUUUAAAUGAAGAUGAAAAUCUAUUUGGACCCCUGGAAAAAGACCCUGAAGAGGGUGAUCACAUACUAGUCGUUUUUAGAGGAAAGGAAGAUAAAUAUUACGUUGGCAAAGUGCUCAGUGCAAAAGAUGCAGAAGGAGACUUAGAGGUGUCCUACUACCGCCAGAGUGGUAAAACUUUGUACAAAUUUUCACUGCCAAACAUCCCAGACCUAAAGAGUGUGCAUAUAGAUGACGUGAUAGCAGUAUUGCCUAAACCAAUUAUGGGGGGUACUCGCCGCCAAAGAGAUCUCAUUUCUUUUGACUUUAACUUCUCUGGGAUUCGCUUAGGAUAAGAUAAGAUAAGUUACUUAGGCUUACCUAGCCUUUCGAGGCAGCUGUGUUCAAUUUUUGUGAUUAUAGUAUAAUUACUUAUAGUUAUUCAAAUAUAACUAGUCAAAGAUUACCUGUUAUUUUGCCAAAGAGAAUUUUUUUGUUUAUUGUAAACCGUCCAA